AUGAUCAAAGACUUUCUGGACCGGACAUUUUACGAAGUGGAGGGUAAAUUAUCCCCAUUGCCUUAUGCAGUGUUCAUUUCCGCCGGCAACGACGGCACCGGCGCUAUCCGGGCAUUGGAGCGUAUCGCAAACGGCUAUCCUUUUGUUAAGGUGCAGGAGCCAUUGAUCAGUCGUGGUGAGGUCACCGAGGCAGAUCUGAAUGGGGAAUACGUCUUUGAUUACGGCUGGGCAGAUGCCUGGCAUCGUGCGGGGGGCGACUAUUAUCCGAAGAUGCAGAUCAGUAUUCCGUUUACACCUGCCACAGGCCCCCGCCUGCUGACUCGCACAGACAAUCCGGAACAUGAACAACUGUUGCUCGGCGCUUGUAUGCAGAUUGCCCGACAGAUUGAAGUGUCCUCAAUCCACAUCACGUUUAUGCAGGAGCAGCAGUGGCGCAGUGCUGCCACCGCAGGCUUUCUGCAGCGUAUGGACCAGCAGUUCCACUGGCACAACGGCGGCUAUGAAGAUUUUGACGGCUUCUUAGCGGACCUGGCAUCAAAGAAACGCAAAAACAUCAAACGUGAAAGGCGUGAUGCGCUGGCUGACGGUAUUGAAAUCGAGUGGGUAACCGGCGAGCACCUCACCGAGGCACACUGGGAUGCGUUUUAUCACUUCUACAUGGAUACCAGUAAUCGCAAAUGGGGCAGCGCCUACCUCAACCGCCAGUUUUUCAGUCAGAUCAAUGAUGUCAUGGCCGAGGAUAUCCUGCUGAUCAUGGCUAAACGCGAUGGACGUUAUAUUGCCGGAGCCAUCAAUUUCAUCGGUGGUGAUACCCUCUUCGGUCGCAACUGGGGCUGUAUCGAAGACCAUCGCUUUCUGCAUUUCGAGGUGUGUUAUUACCAGGCUAUAGACUUUGCCAUCAGUCGCGGUCUGAAAAAGGUGGAAGCUGGGGCACAGGGCGCACAUAAAGUGGCGCGGGGAUACUUGCCUGAACCUACCUACAGUGCCCACUGGAUUGCAGACGCCAGUUUCCGUGAAGCGGUUGAACGCUUUGUGAACGAUGAACGACGUUACGUCAGGGAAGACAUUGCCCACCUCGAGACACGCACGCCAUUCAAGUCCAGCACAGACCUGCAGGCAUUGCGCAAACUCAGUUUGUCUGAGCAGAAUAAAACGUCAUAA